AUGGCCUCGCCUGCGAACGGAAUGCGACAGACAGCUUCCGCCUCUCGUGUGCUGCGAAGCCAGACCCGGCCGGGGCAGCCGGUGGCGCUGUGGAACAAGUCGCGGUCGAAGCCCGAUGCCCCUCUUGAAUGGGUCGGAUCUCUUGAUAUCUGUGACGAGGUCAUCUGUGAGGAGCUGAAUUUCAAUGAUUUCCGAUGCAAGCCUGCUCCCGUCCCGCAAGCAUCCAGUCCAAGCGACCCGAUUGAAACACAGCCAAAUCCCAAGGAACAGGAAGAACCAUGGAUCUGGGGCAUCACGGAUAAUUAA